GUUUCCUCCUGUCAUGUGUGAAAGUGAUGACAGAGGAGGAGAGGGAAGGGAGGGGAGGGGGAGAGGGGGGGCUAUCAUGAUCCACAUUAUGUAAAUAAGGUGCAGGGGCAUGUGCCAGUUAAACCGCAGUGCCGUGCGGAGCGCGAGGCAGAACAGGAGGCUUUGGACGGCAGGAGCUGGGGCCGUCGGUAGAUGGCGGUAACCCAAGAAACCUGAUCCAGCGGCUUCUCGGGCUCCCUGUCUCAGUUUGCAGCACUCACACUGAAGGCAGAGGAGCCGAACACUUUUGAAGGACAUAAAAAAAACACACACAGGAGAAGAGAGAGAGAGAGAGACAGAGAGAGAGAGAGAAAGAGGGAGAGAGAGAGAGCUGACGGCGGGUCCUCUCGAGUUUAGCGCGCGCAGCCCUCGCGAGCCCGGAGCCGGAACGCUUUUUUUGCCGCAAAGACGAGGAAGAAAAAAACGGGAAAAGUCCAAACACCAUGGAAGACAAAUCGAAUUCGUUCUCCAGCAGCAAGGAGGAGAAGGCGGAUGGGAAUAAUGUUUUUCAGAGGCAAGACUCGAUACAGAAAAAUAACACGGGAAGCCAGAAGGACCAUGGCAACUCUGUGGGCUUCAAGGGGGAGCGCGAAGAGGCCAUGGUCGGCUUUGACGAUCUGGAGGGGGCGGCCAGGCAACACGGGUUUAUGCAGAGGCAAUUUGGGGCCAUGAUGCAGCCCGGAGUCAAUAAGUUCUCCUUACGUAUGUUCGGCAGUCAGAAAGCGGUGGAGAAAGAGCAGGAGAGGGUGCAAACGGCCGGAUACUGGAUCAUUCAUCCAUAUAGCGAUUUUAGGUUCUACUGGGACUUGAUAAUGCUCAUCAUGAUGAUGGGUAAUCUAAUCAUCAUUCCUGUGGGAAUAACCUUCUUCUCAGAGCAGACUACCACAACCUGGCUGGUCUUCAAUGUGGCCUCAGACACCAUCUUCCUGGUGGACCUGGUCAUGAACUUCAGAACGGGGAUCGUCAACGAGGAGAGCUCCGAGAUCAUCCUCGACCCCAAGGUCAUCAAGAUGAAUUACCUAAAGAGCUGGUUCGUUGUGGACUUCCUCUCCUCCAUUCCAGUGGAUUAUAUCUUUUUAAUAGUAGAGAAAGGCUUUGACUCUGAGGUAUAUAAAACGGCCCGUGCCCUGAGAAUCGUCCGCUUCACCAAGAUCCUCAGUCUUCUGCGUCUGUUGAGACUGUCCCGACUCAUCAGAUACAUUCAUCAGUGGGAGGAGAUCUUCCAUAUGACCUAUGACCUGGCCAGUGCAGUGGUAAGAAUAUUUAAUUUGAUAGGGAUGAUGCUGCUUCUGUGUCACUGGGAUGGCUGUCUCCAGUAUCUGGUGCCACUCCUCCAAGACUUUCCCCCUGACUGCUGGGUAUCGCUAAACGGUAUGGUUAACGUUUCCUGGGGUAAACAGUACUCCUACGCCCUCUUCAAAGCCAUGAGCCACAUGCUGUGCAUCGGGUAUGGUGCCCGGGCGCCAGUUAGCAUGUCCGACCUGUGGAUCACCAUGCUGAGUAUGAUUGUAGGCGCCACAUGCUACGCUAUGUUUGUGGGCCACGCUACAGCGCUAAUCCAAUCACUGGACUCUUCACGAAGGCAAUAUCAAGAGAAGUACAAACAAGUGGAGCAAUACAUGUCCUUCCACAAGCUUCCAGCAGACAUGAGGCAGAAAAUCCACGACUAUUAUGAACAUCGCUACCAAGGCAAGAUCUUCGACGAGGACAACAUCCUGAGCGAACUGAAUGACCCGCUCAAAGAGGAAAUCGUCAACUUCAACUGCCGUAAGCUUGUGGCCACCAUGCCUUUGUUCGCAAACGCGGACCCCAACUUCGUGACGGGGAUGCUGAGCAAACUGAAGUUUGAGGUCUUUCAACCGAACGACUACAUUAUCAGAGAAGGCACAGUGGGGAAGAAGAUGUACUUCAUUCAACAUGGUGUUGCGAGUGUUAUCACCAAAUUCAACAAGGAGAUGAAGCUGACGGAUGGGUCCUACUUUGGAGAGAUCUGUCUGCUCACCAAGGGCAGACGGACAGCGAGUGUGCGUGCAGACACCUACUGCCGACUCUUCUCCCUCUCUGUCGACCAUUUCAAUGAGGUGCUAGAAGAGUACCCCAUGAUGCGACGUGCUUUCGAGACUGUUGCCAUCGAUCGACUGGACCGCAUUGGGAAGAAGAAUUCCUUGCUGCUGCAGAAGUUCCAGAAGGAUCUGAACGCCGGCGUUUUCAACACGCAGGAGAACGAGAUAUUGAAGCAGAUUAUUCGUCAGGACAGGGAGAUGGUGAUGAUGGUGGACCGCAAGCAGUCAGUCACCGGGAUGAACUCAACUCCAAUGUCAGGAAACUCAAUCAUUAACUCACCAGCUCAGCCACCCUUUCCCACCACCUUUGGUACCAACCAGCUCCAGCAGUCCGUGCCCCUGACCUACAGUGCUUCAGCUAUCGCCAAUGCUUCUGCUGCCCGCAUGCUGCCGGCAGCGGCUGCCGCCGCCGCUGCUGCAGCACAGGGGGUGUAUCCCGUUCCCAGUCUUUCCCAUGGCAGCCUCAAUUCCUCCUCCACCAACCCACCAACCCCACUCCAGCAGGGAGCCAUCAUGUCGCCAUGCUCCUUUGCGGCUGCAACGUGUAGUCCAUCAGUGCAGACCCCUCUGGCAAACCGGAGCUUCCAGUAUGGUUCUCGCACGGGCUCACAGCUGUCGCUUAUCCAGCAGCCUAUUGCCCAACCAUCUCUAUCCACACAGCAGCAGCUUCCCCAGCAACCUGGAGUGUCAACUUCCCCUGCAGGGUCAGCAACACAGCAGCCUCAGCAGCAGCAGCAGCAGGCAUCGCCUCAGCAGCAGCAGCAGCAGGUGCCGUCACCUCAGAGGGUAGACAUCCACAAGAGCACACAGGCUCUGCAGUCAGGCAGCUUGAGCAGAGAUGUCAGACACUUAUCGGCCUCCCAACCAUCACUGCCACAUGACACAUCUCUGGGGCCCAGAGCACACCCAGCCUCAGGAGACUCUCUGGCCUCCAUCGUGCCCCCUGCAGCAGCAGUGGCGAUCCCGGGAAUGAGUCUGCAGAGCGGCAUCCGCACCACAGUCCCCCAGCGGGUCAACCUGUUCCGCCAGAUGUCCUCGGGAGCACUGCCACCGGUGCGCUCUGCCACAGCAGCAGCGGCGGCGGCAGCGGCAGUGGCAGCAGCAUCAACAUCAUCCUCAGCCCAGCACAGGGAAUCCCCUGGAUCUAGGAGAGAUUCAGUCCUGAGCAGUACGGAGACUGAGCAAGACAAAAUGCGUUUUGCAUCAAAUUUAUGAUCCCAUUUUUUUCCCCUUUUCAUUUUUUAAACCUCUAAAUCUUUCAAUUCAUUUUUAAAAAUGGAGUUACAAACAAAAGAGAUAAAAAUGAGGAACUUCAGCAUUUUUGUUUCUCUUCAAUCUUCUUCUAAAAUAACCUCAUAGAAAUCCUGUACAUAAAAGCCCUUGUAUUAUAUUUUAGACACAUUGUCUCCCUUAACUUAAGAAUGUAUAUUAUACAGAUACAUCUCUUUUCUUUUGCGCUAUAUAUUAAAAUAUAUAUAUGCACACAUAUAUUCAUAUAUGUGUAUGUAUAUAUGCUGCUGUAUGUAUGGGUGUGUGAGCGAGUGUGUGUGUGCGUGUGCGUGCAUGUGACCACGUGUGUAAAAUCCAACAAGAAUAUUUGGCAAUGGCAAUUUAAAAGCUGUAGUAUAAACAUGAGUCUUCCUUUCUGAGAAAUAUAAAGAAUUAUAUACGAUGUAUGAGUAUUUUUAUUUAUGUUUCCUUUUUUUUAACUGGAAUGCAUUGUGGAUUCUGACAAUGACUUUUCCUUUUUUACCAAUGAGGAAGAGAAAAAUUAUCUUCUCCUAUUAAGCAGCUUUAGGCACCACUGUGGAAUAAUAAAUGCAAGCGACUCAAAAUGACAAAUAAUCUCAAAAAGCACACGCACACAAAAUGAAUCUCCUGAAUCCUCAUUUCAGAACUCAACACAGAUACUGUAACUGAGUGUUAUGUUGCUCCUGGCAACACAAAUACAGUCUGCUGAGCCACUCUGCCCCCACAGAGGCUCACAUACAAACCAUGACAGUGUUAUGGGUCCAAAGGGAAUAGAUAAUAGAAAUGCUGCUUACUUUUUGUUUGUUUUUGAGGAGAGUGUCAUGUAGAGAAAGAUAUGGAUGGAUGCUAUUGUUUUCUAUUUCUGAGUUCAGAUGGCUGAGAUGUUAUGUAAUGUUGCUUAAAUUUCUGUGUAUAUUUAUAAUAUUUAUAAACUAAAGAUUAUCACCAUUAUGCAAUAGACUGUGACAUAAAGAUUACCUAUAUGUGUGCUGUAAAUAGUUUUGUAGAUCUAGUAUUUACAGAUACUGUGUGGUGCAUUCUCUAUCAUAACAAUGUCUUACUUCUAUCAGGAACCUGGAUAUCAUCUAUAUGCGAAAAAGGUUAAGCGACAAAAUACAUAUGUUUCAUAAGAGAUGGACAAACCUUAAUGCAAUAGCUAGCAGGACUUGAUGCGGAGAAACGCCCGAUUGGAGGACUUCUAAGAAUCCCUCUCUCUCUCUGUAUACUACUCCUAGUCCUGGUGUUGUAGUUUUUAAUUUCACAUUUCACAAGUUAACCUAUACAAUAUUUAACUACAAUACACAGCUUAGUUUGAAACCAUCCUAUGGAAAUGUGUCUUUACUAUCGCCUCACUUUCAGGAAACCAAAACAUCUUUGUCAUAUUCCUCAUGUUCUGUUUAAAGACAGACAUGAGGCUUUCCCUUUUUAUCCAUUACAUUUUUUUCAGAUCUACAAUUUAAGUAUGUGCUUGCGCAUCUGCUUGUUGAGUAAAACUGUACUGUACGCUGUCAUAUCACAAUCACUGUAGUUGAAGAGCCUGGCACGGCAUAUUUACAACAGCACAUGGUAAGGUUAAAGACUUCAUGUAUACAGACAUUUUCACCCUGAGGUGUCAGAAAAAGAAAUGCUGGUUUGCAUUAAGGUUUCUGUCUCAUGUAAAUCCAUUAUGUGGGCUUAGGUACUCUAAACUGACCAGGACUCCAGUUUGAGGUUGGGGGAUGCAAGGUCAAGCCUGAAUAUUAUGACUCUAUCAUAAAAGGAUAAAAGUAAUUCAGAAUAUUUUAAUCGAACGGUAGCCAAAGAUAACUCAGCAAAAUGUAAAGAAGGCCGUUAUGGCUGACAGGCCAUUUCCCUGUGCAUGCAGUAGAUUGUGUACGGCCUUCCUUUGGUCUUAAAAUUGCUGUUAAUAAUGCAGGAUUUCUUCUAUAGAGUCAUACUUUUCAUGGAAUCAAGUGUCCCGUCAGUUCAGAGUGUCUAAGCCCUUCAAGCUACCGUUUUAAAAAGAUAACAAGUCUUCGCUACAGAUUGUGUGGAUAGUGUACCAAUGCAGUCAACCCACCAAUGUCAUGAAAGCAUGCACUGUCACAAAUACUUAAAAAGAUACUAUCUCAAGAUGUUGACGUUAAAUGUAAUGUUAGAUUCUGUUUUGUUCAUUGUCUGUCUGCCUAGACGUUACCUGUGUGUGAACAGAAGCAUUGACUCUUCACAUGGACAUUUCUUAAGUAUUUGUGCCUAAACUAUAGCCAUGUUCCAUCCUUUGUUAUGAGUGUGAGCUCGGUGCAGGGGACACUUCUGCAGACAACUGCGCAUUCAUUCUUACUAUACUCUAUGUGUUCUAUGUCUCAGUGUUUUUAGACAGGAAAGGAGUAAGCAAUGAUGAUGGCCAAAUGUCUCACUUUAUUCAAUUGGUAUCUUUACUUACAAUGUGAACUCCUAGAGGCAGGUUUUUUCUAACAUCGUCAGUCAAGCUAUAUAGAAUAUUCAAUGAGGUCGUGUACAGUUUAAAAAAUAAAAGUGCAAUCUUUAGACUUGCAGUCAUAUCACGCUCAAUGAGACAUUGUACAAAUUCGGAGCACCUUUAUACCUUUCUUUGUAGCUAUAGCCACUGAUGUUUGGUUUGAAUAUUGAUGUGUGGAAGGAAACUGGCCAAAGCAGCAUUCUAAGUCAUUGUCUUUGUUUUAAAUUGCACUUUCUGAUUUACUAAUAAAAAGGGUGUGGAUUCUUGGA